GAUCCAUCCUACCAGAGGUCACAGAUCACACAAAACCUACAGAAACAGGAAAUCAAACUUCCUGAGUCCACUACAAAACACAGAGACCUAUUUCCUCUACACAUCUCAAAUUGGCAAAACCGUGUCUUAGCGGAUUCAGUGUGGAAGCAGCUGUUGAAAAGACUAGGAGGACUAUAUCUCCCAAUUUCACAUGAGCUUUCUCACUUCAAACUACUGAGAUGAAGGGAGCAGGGCUAUUUAUUCUGUUUUCUAGUUUAUGGAAUGGGGGCUUUGGGCUUAUCGACACCACGGAUACUUGGACUACCCCUGAGGGUGCAAGCUCCCAGGAGAACAUAGCCUCUGCUACAGUUUCUCAAAAUAAAAUGCUACCAACCCCUCAGAGCACAUCAGCUGAGAUAUCCACAAUUCCUGAGGCAAGAACCUCUGAAGAGAGUCUUCUAAAAUCCACACUGCCUCCUUCAGAGACAGGCACACCUCCUGAGGCUAUGAGAAGCCAAACUCUCACAUCCACAGGGAAGACAGAAGGGCUGCUGAAGUUACAGACUCUUGGCCUCCCAGUCAACCCUAGCCUCCAGUUGAAUCCAAGAGCAGACUCAGUGGUCCUUACCAACUCUACACUGAAAUUUCUUCAGACCUUUGUCAGAAAGUCGAACCAACAAGCGAUCGCUCCCAACUCCAUUGAGGGCAGCAUGGGGAAUCGAUCCCCACGGGAAACGUACCUCAGCAGAGGUGACAGCAGUGGAAGCCAGAAAACCAACUCUCAAAAAUCAAGUUUUGAAACAACAAGAGGAAAGAAUUGGUGUGCUUAUGUACAUACCAGAUUAUCUCCUACAGUGAUCCUAGACAACCAAGUCACUUAUAUUCCAAAUGGAAGAGGACCCUGUGGCUGGACCAGUGGAUCCUGUCCUCAGAGAUCUCAGAAGAUAUCUAAUCCUGUCUACAGGAUGCAACAUAAAAUUGUUACCUCAUUGGAAUGGAAGUGCUGUCCUGGAUUCAGUGGAGCAAAAUGUCAGCUAAAAGCCCAAGAAGAGCAGCACUUGAUACACAGCAACCAAGCUGAGAGUCACACUGCUGUUGGCAGAGAGACAGCUGAGAAACAGCAGCAGCAAGACUGUGGUGAUCCAGCAGUGACACAAAAGAUGACUGAGCGGAUGAACUACCAGGCAAUGAAACUGACCCUUCUCCAGAAGAAGAUUGACAAUAUUUCUUUGGCUGUGCGUGAUGUAAGGAACACAUACUCCUCCCUAGAAGGAAAAAUCAAUGAAGAUAAAGACAGAGAAUUUCAAUCUUUUCUAAAAGGUCUAAAAUCCAAAAGUAUCAAUGAUCUGGUAAAGAACAUAGUAAGAGAGCAAUUUAAAAUUUUUCAAAAUGACAUGCAAGAGACUGUAGCACAGCUCUUCAAGACUGUAUCGAGCUUAUCAGAGGACCUUGAAAACACCAGACAAAUAAUCCGACAAGUUAAUGAAUCUGUGGUUUCAAUAGCAGUCCAGCAAAAGUCUGUUUUAAUGCAGGAAAACAGGCCCACUUUGACUGAUAUACUAGACCUAAAAAAUCACAUUGUGAAUAUAAGGCAAGAAAUGACUUUUAAAUGUGAAAAGCCUAUUAAAGAACUAGAAGCAAAGCAAACUCAUUUAGAGGGUGCUUUAGAACAGGAACACUCAUGGAACAUUUUGUAUUAUGAAUCCCUCAACAAGACUCUUUCUAAAAUGAAGGAAGUGCAUGAGCAGCUUUUAUCAACUGAACAAGUAUCAGAUCAGAAGGGUGUUCCAACUGCUGAAUCAGUUAGCAGAAAUGUCACUGAGUACAUGUUUGCUCUACAUGAGAAUAUAAAGAAGCAGGGUUUGAUGAUGCUGCAAAUGUUUGAUGAUUUGCACGUCCAAGACACCAAGAUUAACAAUCUCACCAUUGCUUUGGAGAUGGAGAAAGAAUCUGUCAGGGGUGAAUGUGAAGACAUGUUAUCCAAGUGCAGAAAUGAUUUUAAAUUUCAAAUUAAGGACACAGAAGAGAAUUUACAAGUUUUAAACCAAACAUUGGCUGAAGUUCUCUUUCCAAUGGACAAUAAGAUGGAUAAAAUGAAUGAGCAGCUAAAUGAUUUGACUUAUGAUAUGGAGAUCCUUCAACCAUUGCUUGAGCAGGGAGCACCAUUUAGAGAGACAAUGGUACAUGAACAACCAAAAGAAGUCAUAGCUACAAGAAAAAAAGUGGAAAAUCUGACUAGUUCUGUCAACAGUCUAAAUAUUCUUAUCAAAGAACUUUCAAAAAGACACAAUUUACUUAGGAAUGAAGUUCAGAGUCGUAGUGAUGCCUUGGACAGACGUAUCAAUGAAUAUGCCUUAGAAAUGGAAGAUGGCCUAAAUAACACAAUGACUAUUAUAAAUAAUGCUGUUGAUUUCAUUCAAGAUAACUACAUGCUAAAAGAGACUUUAAGUACAAUACAGUAUAAUCCUGAAGUCCAUCAUCAAUGUACCCAAAAUAUGGAAACUAUUUUGACAUUUAUUCCUCAACUCCGAUAUUUGAAUGAUUCUAUUCAGAUGUUGGUCAAUGAUAAUCAGAGAUACAACUUUGUUUUGCAAGUUGCCAAGGUCCUUGCAGAUAUUCCCAAAGAUGAAAAACUAAGUCAGUCUAGCUUUCAGAAGAUUUAUCAAAUGUUCAAUGAAACCACUUCCCAAGUGAUAAAAUAUCAGCAAAAUAUGAGUUAUUUGGAGGAAAAAAUACUCUCAGUCACAAAGAUUUCCAAAAAUUUUGAAACUAAGUUGCAAGAUAUUGAGACAAAAAUAACUAAGACACUCAUACCUUAUUACAUUUCACUAAAAAAAGGUGGUGUGGCUACAAAUGAGAGAGACCAGGCUCUUCAAAUGCAGGUACUAACUUCCAGAUUUAAGGCACUGGAAGCAAAAUCCAUUCACCUCUCAGUUCACUUCACUUCACUUAACAAAACUCUGUAUGAAGUUUUAGUCAUGUGUCAUAAUGCCUCUACACGUAUCUCAGAACUGAAUACAACCAUACCUAAGCAGAUAAAAAGUUCUUUACCAGAUAUUCAGCUUCUUCAGAAAGGUCUCACAGAAUUUGUGGAAUCAAUAACUGAAAUAAAAACUCAAAUUGCCAUAUCUAAUUUAACUUGGUAUAUAAAUCAAACACUGUCUGAUAGUCUUGCAAAUGUUGUCAGGUCUCAGAAGCAAAUAAAACCAUUGCUGAAGAAACCCAAUUCACUUAAAAAACCAACAGUGAAUCUUACCACUGUCCUGAUAGGCCGGAACCAAAGAAAUACAGACAACAUUCCAGUUCCUGUAACAGAGGAGUAUUCAGACUGUAGUAGCUCCCCAUGCCAAAACGGGGGCACCUGUAUAAAUGGAAGAACUAGCUCUGUCUGUGCUUGCCGACAUCCUUUCACUGGCGACAACUGCACUAUCAAGCUGGUACAGGAAAAUGCUUUAGCUCCAGAUUUUUCCCAAGGAUCAUACAGAUAUGCACCGAUGGUAGCAUUUUUUGCAUCUCACACAUAUGGAAUGACGAUACCUGGUCCUAUCCUAUUUAAUAACUUGGAUGUCAAUUAUGGAGCUUCCUAUACUCCAAGAACUGGAAAAUUCAGAAUUCCUUAUCUCGGGGUGUAUGUGUUUAAGUAUACCAUUGAGUCAUUUAGUGCCCAUAUCUCUGGAUUUUUAGUGGUUGAUGGAAUAGACAAGCUUGCAUUUGAAUCAGAAAAUAUUAACAGUGAAAUACACUGUGACAGGGUUUUAACCGGGGAUGCCUUAUUAGAAUUAAAUUAUGGGCAGGAAGUGUGGUUGCGACUUGUAAAAGGAACAAUUCCAGCCAAAUUUCCGCCUGCUACUACAUUUAGUGGUUACUUAUUAUACCGUACAUAAAUUAGUAUGAAAGACAGACUAUCACCUUUACUGAGAAGGAACCAGUGUUUUUACUUAUCUUUGCAUGCACAUCUGCUCUGUUUUUGGCUUUUCUACAUGAAAUGAAAAUUAACUUCUUUUUUAAUCUGAAUGGGUCCAUAAGUUUAUGUCAUAAAAUUAUUUGAAUAUCUUGUGGAUAACCUGUAUAUAAAGAAGUUCUUGCUCCUAAAGAGAUUUAGUGGCAGAGACAAUGAAGUGCAUUUAAUAACAUAACGACUUUUAUUCUCUUGUGUUAAGUCACUUUAUUGUAAUGUAAUAUGACUAAAUGGCAAUCAUUCAAUUGUGUUGGUCACAGUAGUCUUUCCAAUAAAAUGUUUACCUUUUGUUUAUAGUUCCUAAAUUCACAAUUCAAAUAAAUUACUCAAAGACCAA